ACCAGCAGAAGCAGCACUGGGAAACAUGGCUGCCCCCGUUAAAAGUGUCGCCGAUUCCAGCAGCAGUGACGAUGAGCAGCUUAAAAGAUGUCAGGAGGCAGUCUGGGAGAGCCGACCUAACAAGACCAAAGAUGGUGACAGCAAAGUGACGGAGUCCAAACGUGUUGUUGUUGCUGACCACGACCAUGACGGCAAUGAGCUCCAGGUCACCCAGGGGUUUAGGACACAUGUGGCUAAAAAGUUGGGACAUUUUCUUGACAGUUGCAUUUCAGAGUCGCAGACUAAAACUUCACACGGUCUGGAAGCAGCCAAAUGUGACGACGAAGAUGAUCACGUGGGAUUUCGAUUGUUUUCAACAUCCGUCCCAGGACAGAAAGCUGUUGAACCUCCACCUCCUGGUAGGCGUCGGACUCUUCCCAGCUCCAGUGACAGCGACAGUGAUAUGGAAACCAGACUGAGAGAGGCAGCUGUGUCCGUCAAGGAUCUCUUUCCCUCAUUGACACUUCCCUCAAGACUGUCGCCUUCCUCAGCAGAACCUCCCGGAUCAGGAAAAAUAAAAACCAAAAAGAAGAAAGUCGCAGAGGGAGAAGAAAGUCACGAAUCAGCUCUCAAGAAAAAGAAAAGGAAGAAACAGAAUCAGGAAGAGAGCGAGCAGCUGGACUGUGCGGGUUCUGCUCCCGAUCCAGAGCAGCAUUCACAGGUCAAAGUGAAACGGAAAAAGAAAAAGAAACAAACAGGAAACGCAGAGAAAGAGGCUUGAACUUUAACUUUAUAAAUAUGUUUUCACUCUUGUAUGUUUUGAAAGUGUUUUGAAAUGACUGGAAAAAAAGAGGAUAAGUAAGAAAGUCUUAACGUACAUUGUUUAUGGUUAUGUUUGAAAUUGUCUUUACUUUUUGGCAAAUGUGUGAAAAAGAGCAUAGCAAGACAGUGAGUUAAAAACAAGUACAUGUUAAGUUUCAUCUGAAUUUACAAUUUGUAAUUUUUACACAACAUUAUUUUAAUAAAAAAAAUGCACGUUGGUGACUAUCAUCAGUCGACGCCGCUGAAUCUUCUCUACAGGACUGUCUCAGAAAAUUAGAAUAUUGUGAUUUUCUAUAAUGCAAUUACAAAAACAAAAAUUUCAUACAUUCUGGAUUC